AUGGAAAAGCAAGUAGCGUCCAUCGUUAAAACGUGCAAUUACCAUCUCCGCAACAUUGGAAGAAUUAGGAGUUUCAUCUCAACUGAUGCAAGACUCUCGUGCUCCUUAGUUACAUCUCGACUGGACUACGGGAAUCGUAUACUAUUUGGCUUAAACAAGAGUUCUGUGGAAAGGCUUCAAAAAAUCCAGAACAAUGCAGCACGACUUAUUACAAAGAAAAGAAAAAGAGAUCACAUCACUCUGAUUCUCGUUGGCUUGCACUGGCUUCUAGUGGAGUUCCAUCCGAAGUAUAAAAUCCUUGUAUAUACCUACCUUGCUGUGUAUGGAUUUGCUCCCGAGUAUUUACAGGAACUGAUUACUAUCCGUAAAACUAACCGUACUCUACGAUCGGACGGAAGUUUGCAACUCAAUUUACCAAGGGUGCGACCGGGGAAAGAUAAUUCAACUAUUCUGCAGCCCAUUUAUGGAACAGCCCGGUGCACAUUCGACAAGCCAAAUCAAUCCAGUGUUUUAUAA